AUGGAACUUAUAACAAAACAUAAACUUUUCCGCAAUGUAAACACUUGCAGUAGCGAAUAUUUAAACUGUGAUUCCAAAGAUGUUGACACUACACUACGAAAUUUGAUCACCAAAACCAUAUUAGCCACAGACAUGUCGUUUCAUUUCGACAUAUUAGAAUCUCUGCAUAACAUGAUCGAAGCCACCGCCUUUUGUUCUUCUGAUGAAUCAGGCGAAGAGAUGGAUAAUAGUUGUACCACUUCCUCGGCUUCUUCAACCUCCUCUUCCCCCGUUUCCUCCUCACCCAUCUCUUCAUCCCCAAUUUCUUCCUCUCCCCUCUCUUCUUCACCGAAAUCAACAACCGAAUCACCUUUGACCUCUUCGACGGCUCCAAAAAAAUUUCUCAUCAAGACGAACAAUGGUAAUCAUCUCCAAAUCAGAUUACCGAGACCAUCUUCCAUAAUAGUCACCUUGGAUUCUGAACAACGUGAACUUUUAUUGAAAGUACUGAUUCACGCUGCGGACCUUAGUAACACCGUCCGUCCCUGGGAUAUUUCAAAACGUUGGUCUGACCUUGUGGUGGACGAAUUCUUUCACCAAGGUGACCUCGAAAAAGCAAACAAUCUUCCAGUGUCUCCAAACAUGGACAGGGAGCAGGCCCAUCAGUGUCAGAUUAGCCUUGGUUUUGGUGACUUUGUGGUUAAACCCUAUUUUGAAGCUUUCGCAUCUUUCUUACAUCCGGCUUCCAUAUUCCUGGACAUUCUGGCCGAGAAUCGUGUCCUCUGGUAUAACAUGAAAAACGCUCCGCCGCAACAAAUUUCGAAGACCCAUUUUUCUUCUACCUCUCCUCCUGCGUCACCCCUUAUCGCUGCUCCAAAGGAACAACAACAACGUCGUGUCAGUUUGGCGGCUGGACUCUUGAUAAUCCCAGAUGAUAUUCAAGAAAAAUUACGGUUGAUGUCCUCACCACGUUCUCCAAGGUUGCAACGCAAAUUAAAGCGUAGCUUGUCGGGUCGAUCUUAUA